AUGGUGCAUCCUGAUAACAUUUUCAAACCUAAUGUAUCUCAAGUUGUUUCACCACUCGUAUCUCCUAUCGUAAUAAAGGUGGUAGAUAUUCAUGAGCAUUUUGAAAAUGGAGAAGAGUUUGGAUUACGUGAAGACAUGUUGCAUUGGAUUCGUACGGAGGCUAUGAAACUAGGAUUUUGUAUUGUGAUUGGAGGGUCUGAUAAUAAUACGGCUAGAAGAAAUGUAUUUGUGACUUUGACAUGCGAAAGAAGUGGGAAAUAUAUCUGUCGUAUCCAAAAAUUGAAACAUGACGACACUGGUUCUAGAAAAUGUGAAUGCCCAUUUAGGUUGCGUGGUUAUCUUUUGGAAAAUAACAAAUGGAGAUUUAAUGUUAUAUGUUGUUUACACAACCAUGAUUUAAUUCCAAAGUUAGUCGGUCAUCCAAUUGCAUGUCGGCUUCUCCCGGAUGAGAAGACAUGUGUUUCUGACAUGACUUUGAGCUUGGUGCCGCCGAAAAACAUACUUGUAACGUUGAAGCGCAAAAGACCUGGGAAUACAUCAAAUAUCAAGCAAGUUUACAAUAGGCGCUAUCAAUCCUAA